CAGAAAGUGUCCAAUUAAAGUAUCAAAGCAAAUCUGACCGGCACGAAUAAACAAGUCUUUCUAAAAUAUCUUUACAACGAGGUGAAAUUUAUAAAAAUAAAAAAGGCUAAAUUGAACGGAGCGAGUUUAUCUCUCUGGAGUAUCUGAUUUAGCUCAGUUCAUGUGAGCUCCGCCCUCCUCCACCCCCGGGCUCCUGCUCAGCUGUUCUUGUCAGAUAACUAAACGCUACGGACACUUGGUGGACCACAAGAGGAAGGGAAAUAUACUUUUUACAACAACUGAACAGGACAACGAGCUGCCAUGGACUCAAACUGGUCCUCAAUGCAUGGGGCAGCUAGAGGGUCCCCACUAACCGGGUCCCCAUUGACAGGUUCCCCAUCGACAGGGGCCGCAAGAGGGUCUCCAAUAGCAGGGGCCCCAUUGACAUGGUCCCCAUCGAUAGGGGCCACAAGAGGGUCUCCAAUAGCAGGGACCCCAUUGACAUGGUCCCCAUCGAUAGGGGCCACAAGAGGGUCUCCAAUAGCAGGGACCCCAUUGACAUGGUCCCCAUCGAUAGGGGCCACAAGAGGGUCCCCAAUAACAGGGUCCCCAUUGGUGGGGGCUGCAAGAGGGUCUCCUGUAAUAGGGUCCCCAUUUACAGAUGCAAUUGGAGGAUCCCCAAUGGCAGGGGCCUCAUGUUGGUCACCGAUGUCAGGGCCUGUAUGUGGGCCCCCAAUGUCAGGGGCCUCAUGUUGGUCCUCAAUGCCAGCAGCUACAGGUGGGGCCCCAAUGCCAGGAGCCACCCAUUUUGCCACCAAAGUGGAGCUGACAAUCUCCUGUGAGAACCUGAUGGACAUGGACAUCUUCUCUAAGUCGGACCCUCUGUGUGCCGUCUACAUCAACACCUCAGGCUCCCGCUGGUUUGAGUUUGGGCGCACAGAGAUGAUCCUGAACUGCCUGAAUCCAAAGUUUGCGAAGAAGUUCGUCAUGGAUUAUUAUUUCGAGGUGGUCCAGAGGCUGAAGUUUUGUGUGUAUGACAUUGACAAUAACACCUAUGACCUGAGUGAUGAUGACUUUCUGGGGGAGCUGGAAUGCACCUUGGGUCAGAUUGUUUCUAACAAACAGAUGACUCGACCAUUAUUGCUUGAGAGCAAGAGGCCUGCAGGUCACGGGACCAUCACAAUCUGUGCUGAAGAAAUCACAGACACCAGAGUUGCAAACUUUGAGAUUUCAGCCCGCAAGCUUGACAAAAAGUAUCUGUGGUGGUCCGACCCGUUCCUGGAGUUCUACAAGCAGACAGAAACUGGAUGGCGGCUUGCUCACAGGACAGAGGUGGUAAAAAACAACCUCAGCCCGAUAUGGAGACCCUUCCGUAUCUCAUUACGAGCUCUCUGUGGAGGAGAUGUGGAGAAACCGGUUAAGCGAGGGCUGCUUCUCGUGCUUGUGACCCGGCUGGAUGAGCGGUGUGUUGAUUGUUACGAUCACCAUAUAAACGGCUCCCAUGACCUCAUUGGGACUUUUCAGACUACGCUUGCACAGAUGCAAACAGGAACACACAUUUGCCCUACUGAAAUUGAGUGCAUUAAUCCAAAAAAGUUAAAGAAGAAAAACUACAAAAACUCUGGGGUUGUCUGCUUCAAACGCUGCGAGGUGAUAAAGGAGUUCACCUUCCUCGAUUACAUCAUGGGGGGAUGUCAAAUCAACUUCACGAUCGCCAUUGACUUCACCGGCUCUAACGGGGAUCCCAGAUCUCCUGAGUCCCUCCACUACAUCAACCCUGAAGGUUAUAACGAAUACCUGACGGCCAUCUGGGCAGUGGGUAACGUCAUUCAGGACUAUGACAGUAACAAAAUGUUUCCUGUCUUUGGUUUUGGAGCCCAGAUCCCAAACUCCUGGAAGGUUUCUCAUGAGUUUCCCAUCAACUUCAAUCCAUCAAAUCCAUUCUGCCCAGGUAUAGAAGGUGUUGUUGAUGCCUACCAGAAGUGUUUACCUCAGCUGAAGCUCUGGGGUCCCACAAACUUCGCUCCGAUCAUCAAUCAUGUGGCCUGCUUCGCCAAACAAGCUCUUCGGCAGAACAUGGCCUCACAAUACUAUGUGCUGCUGAUCAUCACAGACGGAGUCAUCACAGACAUGGACCAGACACGCACCGCCAUCGUGAAUGCGUCUCGUUUGCCCAUGUCCAUCAUCAUCGUUGGGGUGGGCGGGGCGGAUUUUGAUGCGAUGGAGUUCCUCGACAGCGAUGACAAGCUGCUCCGUGCACCGAACGGUGACAUCGCCUCAAGAGACAUUGUCCAGUUUGUGCCUUUCAGAAGCUUCCAGGGGAACAGCGUCGCCCUCGCACAGAGCGUCCUGGCCGAGCUUCCUGACCAGGUGUCUUCCUUCUUCAAUUCUUUUAAUCUGAAGCCCCCAAAUGUUCACAAUCUGCCUGACCCAUCCUAAAAUAAUGCUUAAAUCUACCUAUUUACCUCAUGUUCACUUGUUUCAGAAUGAAUUGUAUGUACAGCAUGCCAGGAAUUACACCUGUGGUGAUUACUAAAUGACAUGAAAAGGUACCCAAAUCUUUGAUUUGAAUGUUAUUAUUAUUUAAUUUGGAUUUUAAUUGAUUUAUAGUGCUUAAGAGGUCAUGAGAUACAAUACAAUUAACUAAAUAAUUAAUUAAAAUACAUCUUAUUUCUUUCAAUAUAAUCAUUAACCUUAAAAAACUAAUUCACAAGUACCUUUGAUUUGAUCUGAUUUAUAGUGCAUAGAAGUGCAUGUUUAUGGGACAGAAAAAUGCAAAAGCUACAAAUUAAAUGUUAUAAAUAUAAUAUAUUUAUAUCAGCACUAACAUGUAUGAUUUUAAUUGUAAUUAAAGAUUCUUGGCUUGAUUUGAAGAGCCUGAACGUGACCGUAGGAUAAACAAAUGUACCCUAGAUAAUUUAUUUGAAGUACAUUGAAGAAAAGUUAGUGUGUUAAGCUUGUAAAGUGCAUGAUGUCUCAGAGCAAUCACAGUAAAAAUCUCUUUUUACUUUAGUUAUAAAACUGACAUGUAUGAAUGGCUGUAAUUGUAAUAUCAUAUGAUUCUUUUUUAAAUGUUUUGUCAGUAAUUUCUUUGUACAAACCCAAACCUGAAAAAGUUAGAACGCUAUGUACAGUAUAUGUGUAUAAUGUUUGCAAAUCAAGUAAAGCUUAUAUUUCAUUGAAUUAAUGCACAGACAACAUAUCAGAUGUUUAGACUGAACAUUUUAUCAUAUGUUUGAGUAUCUAAUUUUUUUGAAUAGAUACUCAUUUUAUAUUCAAUGCAAGCAACAUGUUUCAAAUAAAGGGGAAAGAGGAAACCAUAGACAGAAAAGCCAGCAGCUUCUCUGGGUCUGAGCUCAUUUCAGAUGGACAAGGGGGUUGCCAGAUGGCCAAGCAGUUUAUGUGAGCUCUAUGUUCUGGGGCUACAGUCCUUGUUGAAGCUGUUGCUGGUUAAAAUCCCGGCCACAACCCUUUGCUGUCCUCCCCUAUAAUUCCUGUCUGUCUUCAGCUGUCCUGUCAAUAAAAUACACAAAUGCCCAAAGUAUAGUGGGAAAAAAAAGAUUGACUCAAGCUAAAUUGAGAACUAUCCUGUGAUCUGACACAUCAAUAUAUUGACAUCUGUUUUGGAAACCUUGGAUGCCACGUCCUACUCUUUAUUUUAUUGCAUUUUUGGGGCAUUUUCCCCUUGAAUUGAUAUGACAGCUGAAGAGAGACAGGACAUUUGUGGAGCAGAGUGGGGGAAGACAUGCAGCAUGGUAGAGGCCGGGAGUCGUACACGCGACUGCUGCGAUGAGGACUAGAGCCUCCACAAAUGGGGUGCUUGUCCAGAGCACUACGCCAACAACACCUCGCCACAUCCUACUCUUAAAAGAAGUGAAGGACCACCCGUCUUAUCACUGCACAGUUCAAAAGCCAGCAUUCCUGAUGGUAUGGGGGUUCACAAGUGCCCAUGGUGUGGGUAGCUUACGCAUCUGGGAAAUGCCAAUGCUCUUUUCAGGGUCUACCAUGCAUAUUUCAGCAAGACAAUGCCAAACCACAUUCUGCAUGUAGUACAACUCUGUAGUGCAAGAGUCCAGGUGCUAAACUGGCCUGCCUGCAGUGCAGACGUGUCAGCCAUUGAAUAAAUUGGGCUCACUUUGUGAAACAAAGGAGACCCUGAACUGUUAAGCAGAUGAAAUCCUGAUUCAGGCAAGAAAGGGACGACGUUUAACUUUCCAGGCUCCAGAAACUGGUCUCCUGGGUUACCAAACCUUUACAGAGUGUUGUUAGAAGAAAAGGUGAUGCAACACAACGGUCCCAGCUUUCUGGAAACAUGGUGCUGGCAUCGAAUUUAAAAUAAGCAUAUAUUUUCAUAAAACAAUAAAAAAUUUCACUUUUAACAUUUGAUAUGUUGUCUUAACAAUUUUCAAUGAAGUAUAAGCUUUAAAUGAUUUGCAAGCACAGAGCAUCACAACUUUUAUGGAAUUGGGGUUGGAGUACAUUCUGCUGUCUACUGUUACUUUACACAUUUUUAACUGACAUAAUUUAUUAAUAUAUAUUUUUUCUUGAUCUUAAAUGCUCUGAGAAACAGUGCAGUGUGAGGUCAUGUCAUUUUAAAGUGUUAUAAGUUUGGUCCUUUGCAUGCACUGAUACUUUUGGUUUUGGGGAAAAUUACUGAAUUUAAGGGAAUAGUUGUAGGCAUUAAUAAAACUUCCAUUCUUCUUUUGAGAUACAUUACAUACAAUCAUCUGCUGCUAAAACUCUUUAAAGAGGUCAAAAGUAUUAGCCCAUCAGAGCUGAUCUUAGUUUACCACAAACAGCCUUAUCGAUGACAUUAACUGUGACUGUGUAAUGAUACUUAUAAAGGGAACAUUCUGUAAAGACUGGUGGACACACGUCACAUCACAGGCAAGUGUUUUCAACUUUCUAACUUAGUAUGUACUACACUAUUAUUACUGUAUGGAACGGUUAAUAAAGAUAACAAACUUGUUCUACUG